GAGCUAAUCAAAAGAUUCGCAAGCUCACUAGGUUCAGUAGAAGAAUUGGGAACUUUCUUAUUACCUUUUUGAAGCCUUCCAGAUAAAUUCUGAGCACCUAGGAACUGCUGUUAGAGAAAAUAAAAACAGCAAAAAGUGGUUUCAUUCACAAAUUAAGGAAUUAAAAGUAAGACUUCCCCCAUUUGUAUACCUUCGGCUGGGAAUUGAACUAGCUGUCUCACACGCAAAAAGACAAGGUAUGCCUAAUGGUUUAUGUACCUAGAAAAUUUAUGCCAAUUUAGGUGCUUCAUGGGGGAAGAGCUAGGAUGAAAGGCACAGUGGAAACAGAAACCAGCAUCCAGAUUCUUAAGACCUAUAACUCCAGGAAAUACAAGUACCCCAAUAGCUUGGGGAUAUAGGCCGAAGGAGCUCAAAGAACAUAAUUUUCAUUGGGAUAUAUAUGUUUGAACUAGUUUUGGCAAGUUUACUCCACCACUCAUAUGUAGUAACUCAUCCGGUACUGUGGCAGGUUUGCAAUCUUGUGUGGUCGAAGAACGCGAAUGAAUUAGUCAGUACUCAUGGUUACUCGCAAAACCAAAUAAUACUUUGGAGGUAUCCUACAAUGUCCAAGAUAGCUACUCUGACGGGCCAUACAUAUAGAGUCUUAUAUCUUGCCAUAUCUCCAGAUGGACAGACGAUUGUGACUGGAGCAGGAGACGAAACACUUCGGUUCUGGAAUGUAUUCCCUUCUCCUAGAUCUCAGAACACCGAGUCUGAAAUUGGGGCAUCUUCUCUCGGUAGAACACAUAUUAGGUGACUCCGUUGUAAUUAUUUUGAGUACCCAUGAAAGUUGUUUAUCAUGAAGCACAAGCAAUGAAGAGGAGCGUUUUGAUCGUUUGAUGAGAGAUACUUGUAACGGGAACGAGUUGUCGGAAUCUGUAAAGCUUAAUGUGCAUCUCAAUAUUAUGUAUUAGAGUGAUUAUUCUGUGAAUAGAUCAAGGUGUACAGUUAGAGAUGUUAUUUAUUUCUCAGUAACCUCUCUCGGGGCGUUGUGUAAUAUAUAAAGAGGGGGAGGGAGUUCUUUUGGGAACAUCCAAUUUUACGCAAACUUGUGAUCUCUUGUAGAUAAGGUUUUUCUUGUUUGUUUUAUCCCUUCUGAUUCAUUGCUACAAACUGAAUAUUGAACAAGCUAUAAGAG